AUGGGUUACGAGAACAAAGUUGCAACCCUAAUCUUGAAAAACGUCAACAAACUCCAAGAGGGUACUUACUAUUGUCAUGCUACUAAUAUACAUGGUACAACGGUACUUCCUAGUGAAGUCAAGGUCUUACCGGAGGAGUCACAAAUUCAACUUUUUAUAGGAAAAGCCAGCGACACGAUUCGUUUGACUCUAGCCCAAUACAACAAGCGCGAGGAAGGCGAACAGCUUGUCACAAAUAUUUUCGCAUAUCAUAAAGACGAACAAUUCGAAGAAGCCAUUAAGCUGCAUGCACCAGAUAAAGCCAGUGAAUCUGCAAAAAUUGCAGUAGCUCUUCAGCCUUCUGGAGCGCAAAUCCCACCAGCUGAAAAAGCGAAACCAGAAUCCGUACCUAUGGGCAUCCCCAUACUUGUCCAUCCUGCUGAAGAAUCUCUGCCUGUACAAGUGCAUCCAGCAGAAGUUGUAUCAGAUAUGGCGAAACAACCUUCGCCGGUUGUUCCAAUAACAGAAGAAGCGCAUCCUGCUACAGUAAAGUCAGUAGGAGAAACUGUUCCCACAAUUUUGAGAGAAACGGAAGUACCCACAAUAGCUGUGCGAAUAGAGAAAGAACAACAU